GGGGUUCAAGUUCAGGCAGGUCCAGCCCCUCAAACUGUUUCCACUCACUCACAGCAGAAGGCAAAGUGGCCUUAGACGCAGGGAGUGAAUCUCUGUGCGCAGCUUCACUGAUGUUGAUCCAGGAGUGAAAGCACAGACAUGCAUUCUGUGGGCAAGUCGUGGCUGCUGCUUACAGGCUUCAUCCUCUUCUACAUCAUCUACCUGUUGUUCGGAGCCCUGGUGUUCUCCAGCAUCGAGCGGCCGGUGGAGGACAAGCUGCGCCAUGACAUGGACGCGCUGAAGCAGGAGUUUCUGAACCAGAGCUGCGUCAACGCCGCGUCGCUCGAACUCUUUCUGGUCAAGGUGCUGACGGCCAACAAGUACGGCGUGUCGGUGCUCAGAAACUCCUCCGCCACCUCCAACUGGGACCUGGCAUCGUCCAUGUUCUUCGCCAACACGCUGGUCACAACUGUGGGUUAUGGUCACACCACUCCUCUGUCUGACACUGGGAAGGCCUUCUCCAUCCUCUAUGCCCUGAUAGGAGUCCCCUUCACCAUGCUGGUCCUCACUGCCUGCGUCCAGAGGCUCAUGUUCCCUCUUGUCCACGCCCCCGUCGGCCUCCUGCAGCGUUCGGGGAUGGAGCCUCGGCCUGCCACCGCCGUCCACUUCCUGCUGCUGCUGGUCUUCAUGGUACUGUGUUUCUUCGUCGCUCCAGCUGCGGUGUUCAGCACGUUGGAGGUGUCCUGGUCCUUCUUGGAUGGCGUGUACUUCAGUUUCAUCUCGCUGUGUACCAUCGGACUUGGGGACUUCGUUCCGGGGAUGCAGCCUGGACAGAAGUACAGGCAGCUGUACCAGGUCUCUGUCAUGGUCUACCUGUUUGUGGGUCUGAUGAUGAUGUACCUCCUGCUGCGCACCUUCCACAAAAUGGCCGACCUGCACGGCCUGACCACCUUCCUGCAGCUGCCGCGCUGCGAGGAGUCCGACCAGGACGAGGACCGGGAGCCCAUCGUGGAGAGCAAACGUGACGACCAGACGCCGCCUUACCUGACGGACAAAGCAGCCAGUAAGCCCCUGGAGCCAGGAUCUCAGCCCUCGUACAACACCAUCAACAAGGGCUGAGCUGUGGGGCGGCAAAGACAGGAAACAGAAGCUCUACCUCUGCCGAUCCCUCGGUCUUAAAGCAGCAAUAAAGAAACCCACACCGGUCGGCUGAAUCUGAAUUCUUCUCUUAAUUUCCAUUUUGUUUCCCUGAGAAGAGAGCGGAGCGAUAACGAGGAGUUGAGAUGAGAGUUUUGAGAUUCAGCCUCAGUGGAGAGGGCGGAUGAACAGCGUGUUUGGUCGUUACAUCACUUCCUGCACGUGUAAAAGGAUUUUCAGAAAUUGAUGCAGCCCGCCUGGGCCAAAAGGCACAAAUGUUCCUGUUAAACACUGGUGUCACACAUGACUCGGAGUCGCACAUGAACCAAAACUGUAGCUACAUGGUGGUUUGUUUGUUUUCACUUUUAUCCUGCGUGGGGGUUUUUUCUUGUUCAUGUUUCUUUUUGCGCCGUAGGAUUGGGUCACACGUUCAGGACUAACAAAUAUUUAAUUCAUAAAACGGCUAAAAUUAAAACUUCACAUUUUAUGUAAAUCUUAUCUUAUCUAAUCUGUUUUUGUUUUUCUUUGAGGGGCGUGUAACGUUCAGCUCCUUCUCUUUAUGUUUCACACGUGCACAUCAUGGUCAAAACGCCUCCAGACUAUUCACUGCACCGUCCACUCGUGUCAAUGAUCCUCUGGUUGGUUCGGCCUUGACUUUCUCUUGCACCACUUGCAUGAACUAAUUAGUCUGUUGCAAUUUUAGGUCUAAAAUACAGUUCUCAUUAAGAUCUGAGCUUUUCAGAUCUGGAACCUGUUUCUUAUUUAAUCAGAUUUAAUUUGUAAAAGUUGCAACAGCCUUAAGCACAGAAAUACAGAGGAACAGUGUGUUUCCUUCAGGACAUGUUCUGUCCUCCUUUAUGAUGCCGCCCCCUGGUGUCUGCAUGUGUGCAGUACCACACCUCCAGGACAGUAGCAAAUAAAUAGGGUAAAAGGGUUGCAAUAGAGGGACUGCAGAGAAGGAAACGAUGGCAAAGAAGUGUUUCAUUGUGGUGAUUGAGGACGUGAUCCAUGAAAAACCAAAUGUUUCUGUAAUGUGUGAUUCAUAGUGCAUGGAUUUAAUCCAUCAGAAGAGAAACAAACAUUUGAAAUGCACUUUAAUGUUCACAUCAGUUCUUGUAGUCAAACAGGUUAAUUACAUCCUGAUACUGUAACAUGAUUUGUUCCUGUUCAUGUGUAUGUUGUUGUAGUUUAGCAAUGUAAUGUAUUCAUAUUGGAAAAUAAAUUAAAUAAAAAAAUAUCGUG